AUGAGCAAGAUCAACAUUCGAGAAAUAUUUAACAAGGAUUUCAUCACUCCGAUCAUUCAGGGAAGAAUUUUGGCAAAGAAAGAUCCCAUAUCUUUGGGAACAGUGAAUGGCAAUGUAUUGCUGAGUAGAUUUUUAUUUCGGGAUUUGGAGAAGAGAUUUGGAAGUGUAAAGGCUUUGAAUGAUACGCUCGGAACUAGCGAACACACAGAUGAGGUGUUUGAUGAAUUCAGUAUUGCAUCGUCAUCUUUAAAUCAUGGGAAAAGAGAAGAUAUUUAUACAUUAACUUGUCUUUCAAGAUCGGAAUAUGAAAUUUUAAUUACUAAAUUUGUAAAGUUGCAAUAUUUGCUUCACAAGGAACCCAAUUUAUUGCAACAACAGCAACAACAACACGCAAAGGUGACAUUGAAUGAUCAUAGUAAUGAAUCAACAACAACGGAAUCAUUAAAGAGGCUCGAUGAAGCUAAUGGAGAAUCUCAAUCGUUUCUCGAUAUCAAACAUGACAUUUCAAAUAGAAUUGUUGAAUUUAUUGGUCAAAAAAUUGAUGAGGCCUUUAUUGACUCCAUGGGAGAAUAUUAUUUAUUGGAUGAAAAUCAAAUUGAUCGCUUAUGGCGAUUUCCAUUGCUUGAAAUGUUAUUGGUUGGCUCCUUCUCGAAUUUUAAGGUGGCCCGUAGUGCCUCCUCCCUGAUUGAUGAGCUUGUCCCUAACUUACCUUUUCUGCUUAAUUUUGAAAAAGAUAUCAAUGAUGAGACAGAGCACAACGCAAGUUCUUCCAUUACCACAACAGCAAAGAAAACGAUACAUGAACCAAUUUAUGUCACACCUCCUUUUGAGCGAGAAAAUUGGGGUUGGCAAGUUGAGGAUUUUGAAGUUAAUAAAUCGAAAAAGGAUUGA